AUGUCAACUCCACACAUAUCAACUGAAGAUUCGGCUGCAAGUCCUAUUUUGUUAGAAAUUGAACCUUCAACAAAUAAUACCAAUGAAGCAACUCAAAACAAUAAUGAGCAGCAACCCGACACCAUUGAUGAAGACGAUGAAAGUCCAUAUGCUCCAAAGAAAAGAAAACGGACAUCCAAAGUGUGGGAUGACUUUAAAGAGGUUACUCUUCCGGAUGGAACAAUAAAGGAUGAAUGUAUUUAUUGUAAACAUCGGCUCACAAUUAAUAAGAUUGGUGUUACAUCCCAUUUUUUGAGGCACCUCAAGGGUUGUAUGAGGAAGCAGAUUAGUGAUAAAGAAACUGUCAAUGCUGUCCAGAAUUUCAAGUAUGAUCAUGGGAAGAUUAGGGAGAUUCUUUCUCACAUGAUCAUUGUUCAUGAGCUGCCAUUCCUUUUCUCUGAAUAUGAAAUGUUCAAUUUAUUGAUGAGGACCGCAAUUCCAUAUUAUCAGAAGAUUAAUCGUGCUACUGUGAAAAAAGAUUGUACGACUUCUUAUGAAAUUGAGAAGAAAAAAGUUAUGGAAUCAUUAAAAGAUGUGAAUAGGGUUAAUGUGACUACUGAUUUAUGGAAGUCAGAUCAGAAGGUUUCAUAUAUGGUUGUCACCUGUCACUAUGUGAACUCUAGUUGGAAUUUGCAAAAGUGGAAUCUAAAUUUUUUAGAUGUUCCUCCACCUCAUAAUGGUGUUUCUAUUUGUGAUGUGUUAAAUAAGUGCUUGGUUGAAUGGGGAAUUGAGAAUAAGGUAUGGUCAAUUACAGUUGAUAAUGCUAGCUAUAAUGAUGUAGCUGUGAGGAUGUUGAAGGAUAACCUCUCCUAUAAAAAUAAUCUUCCUCUUGGUGGUAAAUUAUUUCAUGUAAGAUGUUGUGCACACAUCUUGACUUUUUUGGUGCAAGAUGGGUUAUCUGAGAUUCAAGAUAUUAGUUUCAAUGUGCGUGAAAGUGUGAAACAUAUAGCUGCCUCAGAAACUCGUGUUAAUAUAUUUAGUGAAAUUUCAAGGCAAUUGAAACUAUCUUCGAAGAAACUUGUUUUGGAUUGUUGCACAAGGUGGAAUGCCACAUUUUGUAUGUUAUCAGCUGCUUUAGAGUUCAAAGACGUUUUCCCUAGAUAUGCAGUGAUCCUGUCUGAGAAGCUAGGCAAGACAGAGAUCCGGAAGAAGAAACCCACUGUUGAUGAAGAAAAAAGCCAGGGAAACCUCGAUCCGAGAAACCCAAAGCGGAUCGGGGAAAAUAGGGUUACCGAAUGCCUUCUUUGUGCAAAGAUCCGAUGA